UCAUUGUCAAUCUCAAAUUGCAUAGGGUCAAGACACGAACUGCAACGGCUGCCAGAGAGAGAACAGGAGGAGGGAAGUGUAAGAGGUAAGAUGGUGGUAGUACUUCCACGUCCCCGCUCGAGCUUCCCAGCGACCGAGCAACCAGAAGAGCAAAUCAAGAACACCCCUCUGGUUCCAUCCAUCUCCACCAAAUGAUCCAGCUCUAGCGCCCGAGCUCGCACCAGAAAUGCCACUCCUCUCUCACCACCGCACCUCCGCUUCUCCUCCGCCGUCGUCCGCCGCACCCUCCUACACCUCCAAGCCCGACAAGCCCCACAGACCCGCUCCCGCUCCUCCCUACUCCCGCCGGAUUCUCCUGCCCGUCGUCGCCUUCUCGGUCGUCUCCCUCGCGAUCGGCGUCGCCGGAGUCUCCUUCUCUCUCUAUGCUCUCCGGCGGCCGGGGCCCUCGCCCGUCUUCCGGUGCGGAAGGAGCGUGGACACUUUCCGGGCUUUAUACUCGGCUUCCGGUUCGAGAAAGCUCGGUGAUGGUGGCAACGGCGGGUUGGCUACGGCGGCGGAUCGUCCCAAGCUUUUGGGUCUCGUUGGCAUUCAGACCGGGUUUGACUCUGCCGAUCGCCGAGCUGCUAUUAGGAGCACUUGGCUUGCUUCUGACCCUGAUGGGCUUUUGAGGUUGGAACAAGCUACUGGUUUGUCUUUUAGAUUUGUGAUUGGGCGAUCAAAGGAUGCGACGAAGAUGACCAGACUUCAGAAAGAGGUCGAUGAGUAUAAGGAUUUCAUGCUCAUUGAUGUCGAAGAAGAAUAUUUAAGGCUCCCAUACAAGACGCUGGCAUAUUUUAAGGCAGCAUUUGAACUUUUUGAAGCAGAGUAUUAUGUUAAGGCGGAUGACGAUAUAUAUCUGCGUCCAGAUCGUCUUGCGACUUUAUUAGCUAAAGAGCGAAAACAUUCUCUUACUUACAUCGGAUGCAUGAAGAAAGGGCCAGUCGUAACUGACCCGAAGCUGAAAUGGUAUGAAAAAUCAGGCCAUCUGAUUGGAACUGAAUAUUUCUUGCAUGGGUAUGGCCCUAUGUACGUUCUGUCUGCAGAAGUGGUAGCUUCACUUGCUACUGCUAGAAAUAACAGCUUGAGAAUGUUUAGCAAUGAGGAUGUUACUAUUGGUUCGUGGAUGCUCGCUAUGAACGUAUAUCAUGAGGACAACCGAGCAAUAUGUGAUCCUCGAUGCACACCUACAUCAGUUGCGGUGUGGGACAUCCCAAAAUGUUCAGGUUUAUGCCGUCCGGCCACUAAGAUGAGAGAGCUUCAUAAGAUUGAUAUGUGUUCUAAAAGCCCUACGCUGCCUCCUGACGACGAGUGACUAGUAAUGUCUGUUAUGCUUGAACUCACCAUCCCUUCAAUCUGACUGCUGGAAAUCUAGGAGGAUUGCCUCCAUCAAUUGGCUUUUUGGUAUAGCUGUGACCCGUUUCUCCAUUACGCCAUUGUUUUGUGGAUUAUCAUAGCCAUACUGAAGCCUUGCCCGCAACUCCAUGAAACAGCAAACUCUUGGGUCUGUGGGAAUUGCAUUGAAUACUGUAUACACACGAAGCUGUCAUGCUGCUAUAUAUUACAAAUGGACUAAAUGUAACUAUUGCUCUGGGACCGGGUCCCCGAUGCCCCCAUGGGAAUGAAAUUUUACUUCUGAAAA